UCCUUAGGGUUGCACACUCAAUUGGCGCCGCACUCUAAUUAAUCUGCGGCCUCUUCACCUCGAAAUCAGCCGCAGCAGCUGCCGAUGCCUCGCUUCCUCCGGUGUCGGCCCUCUGUAGCAGCUGCCGAUGCCUAACGGUCUCUCUCUCUCUUUUCCGCUGGUCGACGUCGCCCCGUAUCAGUGCAGUCCAUCAUUUCCUGCCUAGUCUUGGCCCAUCGGUGUAGCAGCUGCCGACGAUUAAUAGCAGACAAAGAUGUCGUCUGAACCCUCCCAGAACCCCGCUGCCGCCGAAGAGUCGGGCGAGAAGAAGCUCUCCAAGAAGGAGCUUGCCAAGCUGGAGCGCCUGCGCAAGCGCCAAGAAGCAGCCGCCGCCGCUGCCGCCACAUCUGCUGCAGCCCUCACCCUCGAAGAUGAGGACCCACUGGCGGUCAAUUACGGCGAAAUUCCGGCCAACGACCUACAAUCGAAGGCAGUAACGGGGAGAAAAUUGACGCAGGUCAAAUAUUUGACCGACGAGCUCAAGGACAAGGCGGUGCAAAUACAGGGCCACGCGCAGGCGAUUCGUGCCGUGGGGAAGAAGAUGUCGUUCUUGGUUGUGAGGGAGGAGUGCUUCACUGUGCAGUGCGUAUUGACUGUGGCCCAGGAUUUGGUAAGCCCCCAGAUGGUGAAGUUCGCCAACAGUUUGAGCCGGGAGAGCAUUGUUGAUAUCGAAGGGAUUGUUUCUGUGCCCUCUCAGCCGAUCACCGGUGCCUCGCAGCAGGUGGAAAUUCAAGUGAGGAAACUCUAUUGUGUUAGCAAGGCUGUUCCUAUUCUGCCUUUCAAUAUUGAAGACGCUGCAAGAAGCGAGGCUGAGAUUGAGAAGGCUUUGCAGGCAGGUGAGCCACUUGUUCGUGUAAAUCCAGAUACUCGCUUGAAUAACAGAUUCUUCGACUUACGCACUCCUGCUAAUCAAGGAAUAUUUGGAGUCGAAAGUGAAGUUGAGAACAUAUUUAGGCAAUUUAUGUUAUCAAAAGGUUUCUGUAAAAUCCACACACCAACAUUGACUGCGGGUUCUAGUGAAGGUGGUGCAGCUGUGUUUAGAUUCGAUUACUUUGGAAAACCUGCUUGUUUGGCACAGUCACCUCAGUUAUUUAAACAGAUGGCCAUCAGUGGUGGUUUUAGCCGUGUGUUUGCGAUUGUUCCAGUAUUCAGGGCAGAGAACUCUUCCACUCACCGACAUUUGUGUGAGUUUAUUGGUCUUGAUGUGGAAAUGAGGAUUGAGAAGCACUAUUCAGAGGUGAUGGACAUUGUCGAUUGCUUAUUUGUUGAAAUGUUUGACAGAUUGAAUGAGAGAUGUGCUAAGGAGCUUGAAUUUAUUAAUAAGCAAUAUGCAUUUGAAAAUCUAAAGUACUUACGGAAGACCUUACGACUUACAUUUGAGGAGGGGGUUCAAAUGCUUAAGGAAGCUGGCAUAGAAAUUGAUCCUUUUGGAGAUCUCAACACAGAAACAGAGCGAAAGCUUGGCCAGCUUGUCCUAGACAAGUACGGUACCGAGUUCUACAUACUUCAUCGCUUUCCUCUAGCAGUUCGACCAUUCUAUACGAUGCCAUGCCCUGAUAAUCCAAAGUAUAGCAAUUCAUUUGAUGUUUUCUUACGAGGUGAGGAAAUCAUAUCAGGAGCUCAGCGUAUUCACGAGCCCGAGUUUUUGGCGGAGCGUGCACGAGCAUGCGGGAUUGACGUCAACACUAUAUCAACUUACAUUGAUUCCUUCAGGUACGAGACGCCACCUCAUGGUGGAUUUGGAGUGGGAUUGGAGCGGGUGGCGAUGCUUUUCUGUGCGCUUGACAACAUUCGUAAAACAUCGUUGUUUCCUCGUGAUCCACGGAGAAUCUUUCCUCAUGAUCCUAUACCACCUUUCACUAUUGAAGACACGGCAAGAACCGAGGCUGUAAUUGGGAAGGCUUUGCAGGUGGGCGAGCAACUUGUCUUGGAUAACAGAGUCCUUGACUUACGCACUUCUGCUAAUCAAGGAAUAUUUCGAGUCAAGUGUCAAGUUGAUAACAUAAUUUGCCAAUUUUUGGUGUCCAAUAGUUUCCGUUCGAUCCACACACCAAAAUUGAAUGUGGAUUCUGGCGAAGGUGGUGCAAAUGUCUUUAGAUUGGAUUACUUUGGAACACCUGCUUGUUUGGCACAAUCAACUCAGGUUUAUAAACAGAUGGCCGUUUGUGGUGGUUUUAGACGUGUGUUUGAGAUCGGUCCAGUAUACAAUGCAGAGGUCCCUUCUACUCACCGGCAUCUGUGUGAGUUUAUUGGUCUUGAUGUUGAAAUGAGGAUUGAGGAGAACGAUUCAGAGGUGAUGGACAUUGUCGAUCGCUUAUUUGUGGAAGUAUUUGACAGAUUGAAUGAGAGAUGUGCGAAGGAGCUUGAAGCUGUCAAUGAGAAGUAUCCGUUUGAAAAUCUCAAGUACCUACGGAAGACCUUACGACUUACAUUUGAAGAAGGGGUGCAAAUGCUUAAGGAAGCUGGCAUAGAAGUUGAUCCUUUUAGAGAUCUCAACACAGAAACACAGCGAAAGCUUGGCCAGCUUGUCCUAGACAAGUAUGGUACUGAGUUCUACAUACUUCAUCGCUACCCUCUAGCAGCUAGACCAUUCUAUACAAUGCCAUGCCAGGAUAAUUCAAAGUAUAGCAAUUCGUUUGAUGUCUUCAUUCGAGGUGAGAAAGUGAUAUCAGGAGGUCAGCAUAUUCACGAGCAAGAGCUUUUGGCAGAGCGUGCACGAGCAUGCGGGAUCAACGUCAACACUAUAUCGACAUACACUGAUUGCUUCAGGUGUGGGGCAGCACCUCAGGGUGGAUUCGGAGUGGAAUUGGAACGCGUUGUGAUGCUUUUCUGUGCGCUGGACGACGUUCAUAAAACAUCACUUUUCCCACGUGAUCCGCGGAGAUUAGAACCUUGAUUAAGGAUGUUCAUAUACUACAUGAGAUUUCCAGUUAGAGUCAUUAGGUCAUAGGAUAUUUUUCUUAGGCGCAACUCCUUCUUCUAGAAGCUUCAUUCGUGUGUCGAGAAGACGGCUCAAUCAGGACACUAGCUAGGUCUUAUUAGUUAGUGUCCUGAUUGAGCCAUCUUCUGGCAGCUAGAUGUAAAGUGUUGAUAUAAAAGUAGAUUGUUUCUUCUUCUUAAGAAGAAAUGCAGUUUUGGGUUAGAAAUUGAUCAAUUUCAGCUAUAGAGGUUGAAGAUACAAUGA